UGCAAACUGCACAAAUCACCGACCUCCACCACUCUCUGAAUUCAAAUCUCAUUAAUAUUUCCCCUUGUAGUUCUGUAUUUAUGUAGAAGCUCAUGACUCACUUACGCUAGACAUUUUCCUUUAUGUUGCUGAUACCUGUCAAGCCAAGGAGACUAUGCAGAAGGGAAGCGAAGUUGCGAAAAACACCAUGAUAAAGAUUGGAAAGGUUCCGGCGUCAGCGUGUAAAACUUUAUUGAAGUUGGGCAGAGACGACCCAAGGAGAGUUAUUCAUAGUUUGAAGGUUGGAACUGCUUUAACACUGGUUUCCUUCCUCUAUCUCUUGGAGCCUUUGUUCGAAGGAGUUGGUCAGAAUGCAAUGUGGGCUGUUAUGACUGUCGUCGUUGUUCUAGAAUUUACAGCAGGUGCAACUCUUUGCAAGGGGCUUAACAGAGGGUUGGGGACAAUUUGUGCUGCCUCAUUAGCUUUUUUCAUAGAAUUUGUCGCAGAAAAAACUGGACACAAAAGCCGAGCUGUUUUUAUAGGAACAUCAGUCUGUGUAGUAGGAUUCACGGCCACAUAUUUAAGAUUUGUUCCAUACAUAAAGAAAAACUAUGAUUAUGGGGUGUUGAUCUUUCUACUAACCUUCGGUCUGAUAACGGUAUCAAGUUACCGUGUGGAAAAUGUGCUCAACAUAGCUAGAGAGCGCAUCUACACCAUUGCCAUUGGUUGCAGCAUCUGCCUGCUCAUGAGCCUCUUGAUUCUACCAAAUUGGUCUGGUGAAGAUCUUCAUUGUUCAACUGUUAGCAAACUCGAAGCUUUAGCAAGAUCAAUUGAAGCUUGUGUCAGUGAUUAUUUCAGUGAUAAAGAUAAGGAAGUCAUAGAAGAGGAAGCAGAGACAGCCAGAGAUUCAAUAUACAGAGGGUAUAGGGCAGUUAUGGAUUCUAAAUCAACUGAUGAAAAUCUUGCACAUUUUGCCAACUGGGAGCCGAGGUUCUCGAAAAACUGUCAUAGAUAUCCAUGGCACUUAUAUGUGAAGCUAGGGGGAGUUCUUAGACACUUUGGAUAUAUAGCAGUCGCCCUUCACGGAUGUCUAGAAUCAGAAAUUCAGACACCUAGAUCAGUUCGCUCUCUAUUCAGAGAUCCAUGCACCCGAGUAGCCACAGAAGUGUCAAAGGUUCUUCUAGAGCUAGGCACAAGCAUCAAGAACCGUCGCCGUGUCUCUCCUGAUGUGCUCUCAGAUAACCUCCAUAAGGCUUUACACGACCUUGACAUUGCAAUAAAAUCACAACCAAGGCUCUUUCUAGGCUCCAACAGUGCAAACAAUAUGCUCGCUAAUUGGAAGAACGAUAAAGAAAUGUCCCCGAGAGUCACAUUACCUUCGGUUAAGACCGAUGUUUCAGCAUUACUGUCAGAAUUGAGGAACAAGAAAGUACCAGAGCAGUCCAAGGAUUCAAAGGAGAGGAAGCAACUGAGACCGACGCUGAGUAAGCUUGCAAUCACGAGUCUUGAAUUCUCGGAGGCUCUGCCCUUUGCAGCCUUUGCUUCUUUGCUAGUGGAAAUGGUUGCAAGAUUGGACCUUGUCAUCGAACAUGUUGAAGAAUUGGGCAAGGCUGCAAAUUUCAAAGAAUUUACAGGAAUAAAAGAUGAUCUGGUAAUUGAUAUGAGUUGCAAAGAGAAUGGCAGAGAAAUGCAGAAUCAGACUCAGGUAGGGGAGUGAGGACAAGAGGGGGUUCAAAUUGUUAUCCAUUGCAUUAGCCAUCAUAAUGUACAAGUUUAUCCCGACAUAACAUAUUUCACAAAGCCCUUUGCUGCUCUGUCUGCUUUGACUUUCACUCAUAUCUGGUUCUCUGUUACGAGAUUUGUCUCAUGCAGCAUCAUCAAUCUCUACUUGCUUGUGCUUACUGUGAUUUCAACUUGUCCUCUUGCCUCCAUUGCAUGAACGAUUCAAUUUUGUGGAAAUAAAAGAAGCAACAAAUUGUAUCACACUCCUUUACCAACAAGGUUGUUUGUGCUUUCCACGCUCAGCUUGAGGUGGAGCGUUGACGAACUCAAGUUUUUUGAGUUUUUUGUUAUAACCGACUCUAUCUAGUUUCCUAUCGUUUAGGUAUAUUUAUGUUAUGAAUAGCUCUAUGUUGUUGCAUCCAAAACUGUAUGUACCACAUUGACAAUGAAAACAAUGAUACCUUUUGUCAUCCAUAUUUUGAUGUCUACAUCACCACCUUUUA